GAAAAGACCCAAACUUUGAGAAACACCUUCAUUCUCUUCCCAUCAAAGCUUCCUUUUAUCCUCGUUUUUUCAAUUCGCGUGAAGAGAGAGAGAGAGAGAGAGAGAUAAAGCAGAGGAGAGAAUCGACAUUCGAUUACGCAUUUUUGUCCCAGAUCGCCAGGAGGAGUGGGAAGAACGAAGAUGACUAUUGGGGUUUUCUGUGUUUCCCUGUUUCAGCCCUGAAUUGGAUCUUUCCUUAUUUUUUUUCCGGGAGAAUCUUUUUGGGUCUGCGAUUCUGGUGGAUUAAAGGGUUUUUUUUUUUUGGUUUGGAAGAGAAUACAUUUCCCCUUUUGAGUCGGCGUUUGUGGUCGAGAUUAUCAUAGUUUAGGGUUUUGGAAUCUGAAUCGCGAUUAUCGAUGGAAGCUCGUGUGGGAAACAAAUUUCGUCUUGGACGGAAAAUCGGAAGUGGUUCUUUUGGAGAGAUCUAUCUCGGUACUCAUAUUCAAACGAACGAAGAAGUCGCAAUCAAGCUUGAAAAUGUGAAGACAAAGCAUCCCCAGCUGCUAUAUGAGUCGAAGUUAUACAGAGUUCUACAGGGAGGAAGUAAAAAUUCAUUUCUGAUAAACGAUCGCAUGUUUUUUUCUUCUCUCCUUUCUAUCUGCUCUGCUAUAGCCAUGUCCCUAAUCUCUUUUGAACCUUUAAUUUUGGCAGCUGGUGUUCCAAAUGUCAAGUGGUUUGGCGUUGAAGGUGACUACAAUGUUCUGGUGAUGGAUUUACUUGGGCCUAGUCUUGAAGACUUGUUCAAUUUCUGUAGCAGGAAACUUUCCUUGAAGUCGGUCCUCAUGCUUGCAGAUCAAAUGAUCAACCGUGUUGAGUAUUUCCAUUCAAAAUCUUUCCUUCACCGAGAUCUCAAGCCAGACAACUUUCUCAUGGGUUUAGGAAGACGCGCAAACCAGGUGUACAUCAUUGACUUUGGUCUUGCUAAGAAAUACCGGGAUAAUACUACCCAUCAGCACAUUCCCUACAGGGAAAAUAAGAAUCUCACUGGAACUGCAAGAUAUGCGAGUAUGAACACUCACUUGGGAAUUGAACAAAGCCGACGUGAUGACCUAGAAUCUCUUGGUUACAUUCUCAUGUAUUUCCUUAAAGGAAGUCUUCCAUGGCAAGGACUUAAAGCUGGAACCAAGAAACAAAAGUAUGAGAGAAUAAGCGAAAAGAAAGUAUCUACAUCAAUUGAGUCCUUAUGCCGGGGUUACCCAUCCGAAUUCGCAUCUUACUUCCAUUACUGUCGCUCGCUUCGGUUUGAUGAUAAACCAGAUUACGGUUAUCUCAAAAGAAUAUUCCGGGAUCUCUUUAUCCGAGAAGGGUUUCAGUUCGAUUAUGUCUUUGACUGGACCAUAUUGAAGUAUCAGCAGUCCCAACUAACCGCACCUCCAUCUCGUGGCCUCGUAACUCCUGCAGCUGGAACCAGUGCGGGUUUGCCCCCAGGAUUGACCAGUAUCGAUAGAUAUGCAGGCGAAGAAGAGGGAGGGAGACCACCGAUGGAUUCAUCAAGAAGGAGAAUGUCAGGAGCUCUUGAUAACUCUGGAAACAUCUCAACAGCGGCUGUUAAAGCCCCAAUGAUGCCAAGCUCGUCGCUGUUCGCACAAUCAGCAGGAUCAUCAAGAAGAGUAACGUCGGAGGAGCUACAGAGAUGCCGUACCGGCGGCGGAUUAAGAAACUCUCCGGUGGUUUCAACGUCGGAAGGGAAGAGAUCUUCUUCCACCAGAAAACAAUACGAUACUGCGAUCAAAGGCAUCGAGACUCUCCAAGUCUCUGACGAAAGGUUUCAUCACCACUGAUCCAUCCACUUAGGAAAAAAACGUUGUCAUAUUUGUUCAGAGAUUAAUUAUAAAAGCUUCGACUCUAUAUUGGAGAAACGAGAAAAUUUGCUGAUUUUUUUUUUUUGUUCUUUUUAAUAUUGCUUUUAAUCGUUUCUAAAGUUUACUUGUCUUUUCUUCGUUUUGUUUUACUACGAAGAGAAAUUAAUUUCAGUGUUUGGAGUUGGAGUUAUCGUAUAUGUAUAUAGUUACAGCUUUUAGUA